UCUGUCAGUCAGAAGGCCACGCCGUGCACAAUGGGUUCCUCUUGGGUACCCAGGAUGGGGCGUGUGGGAGGGCACGGGCUGACGGCAUUGCUGCUGGCCAGUCUCAUUCUGCCAGGAAUCUUGGCUAAGAGCCUUGGGACCUUCUCGGACCCCUGCAAAGACCCCUCAAGGAUCACCUCCCCCAACGACCCUUGUCUCAGUGGACAGGCUGGCUCCAGCAGCUUCAGCAGCCAAGGGGGCUCCAGCAGUUUCAGCAGCCAUGGUGGAUCAGACAGCUCCCAGGGAUCUUUGAUAUUUAAACCAGGAACAGGAUCCUCCCAGAGUAGCUACUCCUCAAGCUCUGGCUCCUCCCAGUCAGGAAGCAGCGGCUCUCAGACAGGAAGCAGCAACUCCCAGACAGGAAGCAGCGGCUCCCAGACAGGAAGCAGCAGCUCUCGCUGGGUAAGCAGCAGUUACCAGUCCGGAAACCGGGAGGGACCUGGAGAUGGCUCCGCCCUGCCAACCGGUGGCAAGUCUUCAGGCACCUUCCAGUCUGGAGGGUCUUACAUUUCCCAGAGCAGCGGCUCCCAGAGCAGCGGCUCCAACCUGCGGCCUUGUAGCUCCAACGUGCCCGACUCUCCCUGCAGUGGGGGGCCUGUCAUCACACACUCGGGGCCCUACAUCUCGGGCUCCCACUCCGUCUCAGGCGGCCAGAGGCCCGUGGUGGUGGUGGUGGAUCAACAGGGCUCCGGUGGCCCCGGAGGGUUCCAAGGCAUGCCCUGCAGCAACGGCGGCCCCUCAGGCAAGCCCUGCCCGCCCAUCACCUCCGUCCAGCAACCCUACGGCGGCUACGAGGUGGUGGGUGGCUCUGCCAACAGUUACCUGGUGCCAGGCAUGACCUACAGCGGGGGUAAAAUCUACCCCGUGGGCUACUUCACCAAGGACCACCCUGUCAGGGGCUCGCCGGGGGCCCCCUCCUUUGCGGCCGGACCCCCAGUCUCCGAGGGCAAGUACUUCUCCAGCAAUCCCAUCGUCCCCAGCUACAGCUCUUCCAGCUCCAACGCCUACCCGUCGGGCAUGGUGUUCCAGCCCGUGGGCACCGGCGGGGUCCAGCCCUGCGGCAGCGGCAUGGCCGGCUCUAAGGGGCCUUGCUCCGGCACGAGGAUCCAGAUCACGUCCGGCAGCUCCAGCACCUCCUACCACCCCUGCAGCGGCGCUGCCGCCUCCCAGGGGCCCUGCUCCUCCUCCCCGGGCACCGGCGGGGGCUCCUCCGUCUCCACUGGCAAGAUCGUCCUUCAGCCCUGCGGCAGCAAGUCGAGCCCUCCCGGGCACCCCUGCCGUCCUGUCUCCUCGUCCACCGUGAAUGGCUCCCCUCAGCCUGUCCCCUCCGCGGGCGUCAAGCCCUGUGGGCUCAACAGCCCCGGGAAGGUGCCCUGCCGUUCCAUCCGGGACAUUCUGGCCAGGGUGAGGCCCCUGGGGCCCCAGUUAGCGGAUCCUGAAGUGUUUCUGCCGGAGGGAGAGCCACGUGAUAGGUCCUAAGUCACGCGUGCCAGCCGUCUCGGUUAGCCCAGUGGUGCAGGCUCCCGGGACCCCCAGUGGUGGACUCUGUCCCUUUCCUCCUCCUCUCCUGGCGCUUCCACCCGGUUCC